CUUUCUAAUUCCUUUACGCCUCUCCGUCGUGAAAAAGCUAACACAAAGGAGAGGAUUUUGACGUAAAAACUAUGGCCACCGAAGCACCGGUAGAGGCGACGGAGAUUCCGCCGGUCGCGGCGGCAGAGUCGGUGGAGAAGCAGCCGCAUAAGCUAGAGAGGAAGUGGACGUUCUGGUUCGAUAACCAGUCUAAACCGAAACAAGGCGCCGCUUGGGGAAGUUCUCUUCGAAAAGCUUAUACUUUUGAAACUGUUGAGGAAUUCUGGAGUUUAUAUGAUCAGAUAUUCAAGCCCAGCAAGUUGACUGUUAAUGCGGACUUUCAUUUGUUCAAAGCUGGGAUUGAGCCCAAAUGGGAAGAUCCUGAGUGUGCCAAUGGUGGCAAGUGGACUGCUACGAGCAGCAGAAAGGCUAAUCUCGAGACUAUGUGGCUUGAAACACUGAUGGCAUUGGUCGGUGAGCAAUUUGAUGAGUCAGAAGAUAUAUGUGGAGUGGUUGCUAGUGUGCGUAGGAGUCAGGAUAAACUUUCCUUGUGGACUAAGACUGCCACCAAUGAAGCAGCUCAGAUGGGCAUUGGUAGGAAGUGGAAAGAGAUCAUUGAUACCGAAAAGAUAUCCUAUAGUUUCCAUGAUGAUUCUAAAAGGGAGAGGUCAGCUAAGAGCCGAUAUACUGUGUGAAUUUCUUUAUCGUGUGGGAUUAACACCACUCCUUAAGCUCUACCAAUACUGAAAUUGUACGAUUAGCACUUUUUUGCGCUUGUCUGCUGCAAAUUUUGAUCUUAUUGAAAUUUAUUCGAACUUGAUGUAUGUUUGGAUGUAUUGCGUUAAAAGAUUU